CGACGAAUUGAAUCUUUAGACGUCAUUAAUCACGUGCUGCUGAUAAAGUGACACUGCUUUGAAUUAUACCGCUUAGCGACUUCAGUACAUGCCUCAUAGCUCCAGUCUCAAACUUAACCCCGUUCCUGCUGAAGAAGAAGAGGUCUGCUGGAUGGAGAAAGAAGCUCUCGUGAAAGUGGAGGAGGAAGAGGAGGCUGUUACAAUACAAAAACAAGUAGAGAGUGAGGCUGUUACAGUGAAAGAAGAAGAGAAAGACGUUUCAGUUAAAGAAGAGGAAGAUGCGUUCAGAGUUAAAGAGGAGGAAGAAGAUGUUUCAGUGAAAGAAGAGGAGGGGGAGGUGACUGUCACAUUGAAAAAUGAAGAAGAGGAGGGACCUGGAUAUCUGGGCCCGGUUUCACAAACUCAUCUUAAGGCAUCCAAUGGUUCUAACAAUGAACAGGCCCUGAUUAACACUAGAGAGAGACGUGACUAUCCUGGAUCAUCUGGGGGGCCUCAACAACCUCAUGAUGCUGAUGAGGCAGAGAAGAGUCUCUCCACAUCAAAACACCUCAAGAAACAUCAGCAGAGAUCCACAGGAGAGAAACCAUACUGCUGCUCUGACUGCGGGAAGCGUUUCUUAAGAUCAGAUUCACUAAAAAUACACAUGAGAAUUCACACUGGAAAGAAAUCUUAUAGCUGCUCGAACUGCAGGAAGGGUUUCUUAAGAUCAGAUUCACUAAAAAUACACAUGAGAAUUCACACGGGAGAGAAACCUUAUAUCUGUGAUCAAUGUGGGAAGAGUUUUACUACAUCUCACCAGCUGACUUCACACCAGAGAACACACACAGGAGAGAAACCUUAUAGCUGUAAUCAAUGUGGGAAGAAUUUUCAUACAUCAAGCCAUCUGAUUCGACACCAGAGAACACACACAGGAGAGAAGCCUUUUAACUGUGAUCAAUGUGGGAAGAGUUUUCCUACAUCUAGUCAGCUGACUUCACACCAGAGAACACACACAGGAGAGAAACCUUAUAGCUGUAAUCAAUGUGGGAAUAAUUUUCCUACAUCAAGCCAUCUAAUUCGACACCAGAGAACACACACAGGAGAGAAGCCUUAUAGCUGUGAUCAAUGUGGGAAGAGUUUUCCUUCAUCUAGCCAGCUGACUUCACACCAGAGAACACACACAGGAGAGAAACCUUAUAGUUGUAAUCAAUGUGGGAAGAGUUUUACUACAUCUAGCCAGCUGACUUCACACCAGAGAACACACACAGGAGAGAAACCUCAUAGCUGUAAUAUAUGUGACAAGAGAUACUCUGAUAAAAGAUCUCUGAUUAAACAUCAGAAAAUACAUGGAGUUGUUUCAUGAUAUCAAUUAAAUAAUGUCACAAUGUAGAAUGUUUUAACAUUAGUAAGAGUAUUUUUAAUGAUGUCACAAUGUAGAAUGUUUUAACAUUAGUAGGAGUAUUUUAAUGAUGUCACAAUGUAGAAUGUUUUAACAUUGUAGUAUGAGUAUUUUAAAGAUGUUCUACCUUAUCGUUUGCCCUGUUCAAUUGAUUGCAGCAUGAUAUGGAUAUUAUCCUCAGGGGAAAAUCCAGGCUCUGAAUUGAAAGGGUAUUAUUGAACAAAAAGUGACUAACAAAAGAGCUGUGUUACACUUGAACCAAAAUGCAACACUUCAAAAUGUAGCUAGCUGUUUUCUACAAGUUGAAGAAAAUACUUGUAACAUGAUAAUUGUUGCAGAUGUUUGUGUGUAUAUAUUAUAUACACAUGGAUGCAGUAUAAUAAAUUGUUCAUAAAAUUGA